UAAUAACAAGCAUUCCCUGAACUUAAUCUGAUCUUGAUUUUGUCAUGAAUUUUCAUUCGGAAUUGUUAGUGUAAUAUAUAUUAUUAGUAAUGUUCAUAAUUUGCGAAUUAUUCAGCAGUUAAUCGAUUUGUUCUAAUUAAAGCAGGGCACAUUCGUCCCUACUACGAAGUUUUUACUGUAACGAUUACCAAAUUACCACAGCAACAAACCAAUUUGAAUCCAUGUAGCGGGAAAAAAAUAUAUACUGUUCGGAUAUAUUUUGCGUUUAGAUACUUUGCCGAUAGACAUUGCGUGGAAAUAAUAUAAUUGAGAAAUAUGUUUUUAAAAAGAGUUUAAUAUUUGGCCCAAAGCUUUUUGUACAGAUAGUGUGUUGAUAAAUAUCGUUUUGUAAGGGAUGUUAUUUUUACUACAUCAAGAUUCAAAGUGAGGUUAUACUCAUUAAUUCAGUGAGUUCAAAGUAACGUCUCUUAUGAAGAUGAGCUAGAAGGCUAAAAAAACAGUUAUCUUCUUCUAGAGUUGUUUAUGUUUGCGACCUACAGCUUUUUAAAGAGUGUCACAAAAUUCCUAGCAUCUGUGGAAGGGCAUGUUGUACAUAAUUUAAUAUAUUUUUGUUUAUUCCUGUUCGUCACUUCACCGACCAUUCACCAGAAUAUAUUUCUGUCAGUGUGAUCGUCAUUAUGUUCGAUUCCCCGAUUUUGUGUAAUUUUACUGGGAUACCUAAUUUCUCUUCCCAAUGCAUUCAUUCACUUACGUAUGUAAGUCUUAUUGCUUGGUACAAGAACCAUCUAUAGUCGUCACAUGUUAACACGUGUAAUGAAUUGUUUUUGUCAUGUAGGCCAUCCUGGUUCACAACCUCAUAAGAGUAUACGAAUUGUGUUUACACAUGCAUUUUUACCCUUCCGUGCCUGCUUCUGUAGACAUUUUGAAGUACUUCCAAUCCAGGAACUACACUGAAUUUCUUCGGAAAGUAGAGGAAAAUAGUGCCUUGGAAAACCACGAAGAAGAUGUACUUGAAUUUAGGUUAUGUAUUUUGUGCAUUAUUAACUGGUUUAAUUUUAAUGUACAGGGACUUCAAUUUAUGACGCUGUGGUCGUGCUUGAAGUGCGAGGUCGGCCGGCUCUCUUGGUGUGGGCGGUAUAUUUUCACGUUCAUUCCUUGAGUCGCUGGUGAAUCAAUUUAAUUGCGUCUAUCGUAGCGGAUUGACGUUGAUAAUAUGGUGUAUAGUAUUAAGCAACGUGUGUUCUUAGUCGAAACAUAUACAAAAUAUUCUUCCUACGGAAGAUGCCGCCGUAAAUUUUUCCGACAUUUUCCUGGAGUAUGUGUUCCUAGCAGGUCCAUGAUAGAGAGAUUAGUAAAAAAAUUUCGUAGCACGGGAUCAGUUUUGGAUAAAAAGAAGAACAGGAAACGGAGUGUAUUGACGGAAGAGAAAUUGGAUGAAAUUGGGGCUCUAUUAGAAAAAAGUCCAAGGCAAUCUUUGGCAAGCUUAGCUGCACAAUCCGGCGUGUCAUUGGGAUCUGCUCAAACAGCAACAAGACUUCUGAAACUUAAGCAGAACACUGGUAUAAUCAAAAUGGAAAAUGAUGUUGAUGUUCUAAAUGAAAAUGAUUCCGUUUGCAAGAUAUCUGAUGAGGUUCAUGUACAGUCAGCACUUUCAAUAAAAAAAGAUGAAACUGAGAUCAUGAAUAUAAAACUUGAGGAUUUUGCAGAUACACAGGAAGAGGAGGAUCCUCUAGGAGAACUUCCAUUAAUAAAGUCUGAACAUGAGGCCUCCAUCAAUUUACAGAAAGUGAUACCUGAUUCUUAUAGUGGAACGUGUCUCGAGUCUUCUUAUGAUGACGAUCAAAUCAUCGAUAUCAAAGUUGAGGGUGUGGUAGAUGUGAAAGUGGAGGAGGAUCCUUUUUUGAUAACAUCUCCAGUAAUAAAGGCGGAGCAUGAGGAAUCCUGAGGGGAUGCCACCGUUGGGGACACCUAGAGAAGAUGGGACAAUAAUUUCAAGUGGGAUCUAUGGGAGAAAGGAGUUGAAGGAGAAUGGAUUUUUUUGCCCAGGACAGUGACUGGUGUAGGGCUUUGGUUAAUUCGGUGAUGAAUCUUAAGGUCCCAUAAGCCAUAUUGUUUGUUAUAUAAAAUUGUACCUACAAAUUCUGUUGUUUUCUUUGUAUAGUAACAUCUCAAAAUAUAUUACUUUGUUUGUGGAUGUCAAAUAGUAUUCAUUACGAUUAAAUGUUGCUGUAAUGGAAAAAAAACUAAGAUUUAUUGUUUUUAUAAAGGAUAUGAAUUUUUGUCAAGUACAUGAUACAUCACUCAUUUAUUGUGAUAUUGUUGAGCAUAAAACUAUCAUUCAUACAAUCACACUGUUCCAUUGUAAACUAGAAUGUUAUAACAUCAUCAGGGUUAUGAGUAAUUGCCCCGAUGACGGAGGCAGCAAGCACCUCGGAAACAUCAGUAAACUUCUGUCAGAUUACGCAGAAGACGGCCAUCUUCAUACUAGAUUCUUUGAGAAACUCAA